GCCAGAGGGGGCGCUGAGCUCAGAGCUGCCGCAGCGUCGGAGCCGGAACCGAGCGCGCGAGCUAGCAGGGCGCGAGGAACUAGCUGUGGCUGCCGACGCACCCUAGACCUGGCACUGCUGAGACGCUGCUCAGGGCCCGCAACUGAGCGCCUGGCCACGGCCGGAUCCCCCACCGGCUUCGAGUCCAUCCCGGCCCGGCCUAGCCGAGCACCUGAGUCCGUCCGCCGCAGCCGCCGCUCCAUCCCCUGCCCGGGCCCUUAUCCAGGCCGCCAGGAUGGACGUGUUUAUGAAGGGCCUGUCCAUGGCCAAGGAGGGCGUUGUGGCUGCCGCUGAGAAAACCAAGCAGGGGGUCACCGAGGCAGCAGAGAAGACCAAGGAGGGCGUCCUCUACGUUGGAAGCAAGACCCGAGAAGGGGUGGUACAAGGUGUGGCUUCAGUGGCUGAGAAAACCAAGGAGCAGGCCUCACAUCUGGGAGGAGCUGUGUUCUCUGGGGCUGGGAACAUCGCAGCGGCUACAGGCCUGGUAAAGAAGGAGGAAUUCCCCACCACUAUGAAGCCAGAGGAAGUGGCCCAGGAAGCUGCUGAGGAGCCACUGAUUGAGCCCCUGAUGGAGCCAGAAGGGGAAAGUUAUGAGGAAACACCCCAGGAGGAAUAUCAGGAGUAUGAGCCAGAGGCGUAAAGGGCCCAGGACGGCCCCCCACCAGCAGCACAAUUACCCACCCACUCCCAACCCCGUCUCUGCCCCAUCCCCCAGAGCCAGGGCUGUCCUUCUAUCCCUUCUCCCCCAAACACGAGAUCUUCCUUCUGCUCUGAGGCGACCCCUCGGAGCCUGUGUUAGUGUUUGUUCAUCUGUCUGUCCCACCCGCCCGCGUCCAACCCUAGGACGUGGAUAAGGCUAGGGCUGCAGUCGCGGCUCGCCCCAUCCAGUCCAGUGUCUGCGCGGAUGUAGCAUGUUCUAUGUGUUUUUAAAAGAAGAUUGGGAAGCAAAGGCUCCUCCCCCACUACAACAGAGAGCUCUCCCAGGGCUUCUCCGGCUGCCCCAGAGCACAGCACCCACCCCACUCCCACAUUGUCACCAAGAGCCUCUUUUUUUGUUUGUUUUAACCAAAACCAGGAGCUAGGCUGUGCCAUACCCCCUCCCUCAGCCAGCCCGGUCGGAGCGCGGGCGUCGUGUGUUUUGAUUGUGGCAUGAAGAGUCCCCCACACCCCAGUGUGAGCGUGUCCCGGGCGGGCGGGCCCGGCCGCCCCCCGCGUGUCCAUGAAUAAAGCCAAUCUGUCUGUA